AUGCGUUCCUUACUCUCCGUCGCCCUCCUUUCCCUCAUCACAUCCCUUGCAAUGGCAAGCACCGUUCCAGUGGAAAUCAGGCAAACAGACUGCUCUCAAUACGAUGUGAUGUUCCCAGGCCCAGUCUACACCGGCCCUUGCGAGUACGAGAACUGCGGUGCUAGAGGACAGAAUUGUAAGGAGACUGGAUGGUCUGGUUGUGUCAUUGGUCCUGCGUGA